AGAAAAUUUUGUUUGGUCAUUUUGGAAAUUUAAUUUUUAUUUUCUCAAUUCUAAUUGUUGUUUAAUUGUUUUUCUAAUUAAUUUACUGAUUAUUGUCAUUUAAUUUUAUUUUCUCUAGCAAAAUGAUGAUUAGUUUACCUGAAGAACCUCCUCAUGGAUCAGCUUUAAAAGAAGUUCAAGGUUUCUAUCCUUAUGCCGAAAAUGGAGGAACAAUCGCUUCAAUUGGAGGCGAUGGAUUUGUUGUGAUGGCUGCUGAUACUCGACUUUCUUCGGGUUAUAGUAUUUUAUCUCGUAAUCAGGAUAAAAUUACCAAGCUCACCUCAUCUACCGUAUUUGGAAGUUGUGGCUGUUGGUGUGAUAGUCUUACCUUUAACAAAGCUCUUCACUUUCGUUUACAGUAUUAUCUGUAUGAGAACAAUAAGCCAAUCUCAACUGUUGCCACCGCUCAAUUGGUUUCAAAUAUGUUGUAUCAGAAGCGAUUUUUCCCUUAUUAUGUCGCUAACAUGGUCGCUGGUUUGGAUUCUAAUGGACAAGGACACGUCUACUCAUAUGAUCCCGUUGGGUCUACUGAAAAGCAUACCUAUCGAGCUCAAGGAGCUGCUUGUUCUCUUAUUCAACCUUUCCUUGAUUGUAUCAUUCGUAAAGGUAAUCAAACUGUUAUCCACGAAUCAAUGGCCGUGAUAACCAAAGAGAAAGCUAUUGCAAUUCUUAAAGAUGCCUUUUUAGCUGCUGCUGAAAGAGAAAUUACAACCGGUGAUGAACUACAACUGAUGAUUGUUACACCAGAAGGAGUAGAAGAAGACAUUCCAUUAAGAAAAGAUUAAUUUUUCUCUCAACAAAAAUGUUAACCUCUCAACUUAUACUAAUUAAUUUUCAUCUAACUCUAAACCUUUUGAUAAGAAAAUUAAAAGGCUGUUUUUGAUAUUACAUAGAAGAAACAGAAAACAAAAGAGUCAACAA